AUGGCUUUAUUUGAAGUAGAAGGCUGGGAUAUUAAGACCAAGAAAAUAGCCUUUGGGGCAACUCGAGAUGCCAAGAUCGAAAAGAGGCAAGAGAAAAACCAAAAGCGAAGAGAAAAGCAGAAAGAAACCGAUGAAAAGUAUCAAAAGAUCAGAGACCUUAAACAGAAGGAGGACAAGACUCAACAACAAAAGAGAAAAAUAGAAGAGGUAGAGGCCGAAAAAGAGGAGCAACCAGAAGAGACGUUACAACCGAUUCAAGAGCUGCUGCCCUUGGUUCAACCAACGAAACUCACUCCAUUGCAGCAGAAAAUGAUGGCCAAAUUAUCUGGAUCUAGGUUCAGGUGGAUAAAUGAACAAUUGUAUACCAUCACCUCCGACUCUGCGUUGAAGUUGAUCAAAGAACAACCAAGCUUGUUUGAUGAAUACCACCAAGGUUUCAGAUCUCAAGUGCAGGCGUGGCCUGAAAACCCGGUGAAUGUAUUUGUGGAUCAAAUCAAAUCGAGGUCUAACAGACCCGUGAAUGCUCCUGGUGGAUUACCAGGAUUGUAUCCGAAUAAAGAAGUUGUCAUAGCAGAUAUGGGGUGUGGUGAGGCUCAACUUUCCUUGGAUGUGAGUGACUUUUUGAAAGGAGGAAACAAAAACUCAAAGAAUUUUAAAGGUAAACCAUCGAGAAAACCCAAAAUCACUGUGCAUAGUUUUGAUUUGAAAAAGGUCAACAACAGAAUAACUGUUGCCGAUAUAAAGAACGUUCCUUUACCAGACGAAUCGUGCACUAUAGUGAUAUUUUGUUUGGCCUUAAUGGGGACGAACUUCUUGGACUUUAUUGAAGAGGCCCACCGAAUCUUAGCUCCUAGAGGAGAAUUAUGGGUUGCCGAAAUCAAAUCCAGAUUUACCGAAAAUGAAAAGAAGACAAAAGAAGAAGUAGGUGACGAGUUUGUGAAUGCCAUAAAGAUGUCUGGAUUCUUUCAUAAGAAUACCGACAAUAGCAACAAGAUGUUUACCAGAUUCGAGUUCUUCAAACCCCAACAGGAUAUUAUCGAAGAGAGAAAUCAAAAGUUGCAUAGAAGAAAGAAGUUCAUUGAACAUGAGACCGAAACAGAAGAGUUCAAGAAAAAGAGAGAGUCAAGGCCCGAAGGACAAUGGUUACUUAAACCUUGUAUAUAUAAGAGGAGGUAG